AUGAAACAGCGAAUAACUUAUGUGGUGACGAACCCAGAGGAGUUUACUCCCGAUCAACUUGAUGUCGGCGAAGACAAAUCUGGUCCAUACUUUGCUUUGGACAAUGUCCAUGCUGCGAAGGAACACCGUAUCACACUCGGCCUGAAUGAGCUACCUGAAGAAAUAAGCAAAGUCUUCCAACAAUGGCACGAACUACAUCUGCGCUGGACAUCUCCCAGGCCUUACGCAUCUAGUCCGCCAUUCACAUCACGUGUCUCACCUGGUCUGUAUGUCUUCUUCACGCCUCUAUCAGAUACGCCUGAUGAUGCACUAUGCUCAAGCCUCCACUCCCUCAUCUCUUCGGACCUGAAGUGUUCGUCAACAUCAUCCAGUUCCACAAAGAUGCCAGUCCUCUCAGAACGCUUCUCAAUGUCGGCCACCUCGCAGUACUAUAGCUACUUGGGUGACGUCAACAGAGUUAGGAGUUUCUUCCAGCAGAAGUUUUGCAAAAAAGAUGGAAAAAGCUAUUGUUUGGAUACGAUUGAUGGCUUUGCUCUGUCAGAUUAUGUCGAUGUGGACUACGAUACUAUCUCGAGAAGCGUUGUUCUGACAGCCGAAUCUUCCAAUGCAGGAUCCACCAACGAAGGCUGGACUGAGACAAUAAGGCUACCGAGUAAAGAAGCGACAGUGGAGAUUGGAGUAUUGAGUUUAGAGGGCAACGCCGAUCCCGAAGAUGUGCAGUUUGGAGGUUUCUUGACGGUGCUAGGACAAGACGAUAAACCGAAACCCACGCGCUUCCAAACCCUAACCCGGCACUACCCUCUCCUCCAAGCUUCCAAGAACCCAACCGCUCCACCCAAACUCCACCCCCUGACCUACAGCACCUCCUUCAACCAACCAACCGGCCUCCACCCAACCCUCACCCUAACCUUCCCAGCACACCACCUCACCCCGCCAGACCGCUCCUGCAAACUACACACCCACCUAACCCUCCCCUCCUACCUCUUCAUCGACAAGUACCAAUUCUCCGACGCCCUGUUCCUCGCAGACAAGAACCUAAAGCGCCUCCGCAGUCUAGCCGGCGCUACCGAUCUCGAAGCUCCAGACUGGGUUGUACCAGCUUGGGGCUCCGCAGCGCUCUUUGAACUCGCCACACCUAAACCGGAGAAGAUUGAAUAUCCCAAGGUCAGUCUGGGUGAUGGGGAGGAGAGCCAUACCGUUGCAUCUGCGGUAUAUGCCUGCUCAGGCGGCGUCUCAUGCUAG